AUGGGAAACACAAGUUCAAAACCGUCUUCUAAGAGAAAGCAAAGUACAAAGGAGUCACUCCCUGCAUUUACGAGGACAGAUACAAGCCAGUCUGCAAAGUCUGGUCGGUCACUGAAGUCGAUCAGAUCAAGGCGAUCGCAGUCGUCAUCAAUAUCAGCUCCUCCUAAUGCCGCCACAGCAGAGGGAACGCCGACGGGUGGGCUGAGUGUACCAUCGACAGCGGGCUCUUUCUCUAGGAAAAAUAGCAUUCAUUCAACUAAUCAACCGACACUUUCAAAACGUGGUAGUAGUAACAGUGUGGUACAGCAAUCUAGCAUUCCAGGGUCACCGCUGCAAGGGAGACCCACCCAUCAUUCCUCAAUUGUGAGUGGCGACCUACCUCCCUCGAUGAUUCAAAUGGAGCCAAAAUCGCCCAUCUUGAAAAAUUCGGCUUCUGGGGCAAAUCAAAGCCCCAAUUACACGACAUACUAUGAAAAUGCCCUGACAGAUGACGAUAAUGAUGAAAAUGAGUCUCAUCACUAUCGGAGAAGAAGCAAUGAUCUCAAACGCGCGUCUCAAAAGACGCCAAGCAUAGGUAGCAGAAGCAACAGUUCGUCCAGUAAUAGAAAAAAAUCGAGUAGUAGCGGGACAUACCUCGACUUGCCUGACGGGCAUUCUCCGCAGCAAAUGAGUAGGACGUCCUCUCAUUCUUCUGCUAAUCAAAGCCGGAAGUCAUCAUUUGGGGGUUCGACUGGUAAUACGGCCUACAGCACGCCACUGAACUCGCCCGGCCUCCUUAGAAAUCAGCAGGGAGACUACUUCUCUAGCACCACUGACUCUGGUAGUCAUUCUGGAGACCACUCAAAGGCACAUGACUCGCAAACGCACCAUUCUGCAUCCAGGAGAAAUUCCAUUGACGAAUACCCACGCGAUCUGCCACAAACCUUGGAGCAAGAAGAAGAUGCAGAAGGCUCAAUCACCACUAAAAGCAUUAAAAAGAAGAAGCCUUUUAGACCCAUUGAUAUUGAUGAUAUUAUUCAAAAAUUAUUAGAUGCCGGUUACUCCGGUAAACGUACUAGGAACGUCUGCUUGAAGAAUUCAGAAAUAGCCCAGAUUUGUCACCAAGUUCGUGAAAUUUUCUUGUCUCAACCGUCUCUGCUUGAGCUUUCCCCUCCAGUAAAGAUUGUAGGAGAUGUCCAUGGCCAGUACGCUGACUUACUGAGAUUAUUCACAAAAUGUGGUUUCCCGCCAGCUGCAAACUACUUGUUUUUGGGCGAUUAUGUCGAUAGAGGCAAGCAAUCUCUUGAAACAAUCUUAUUACUACUCUGUUACAAAAUUAAGUACCCAGAGAACUUCUUCCUCCUUAGAGGUAAUCAUGAAUGUGCAAACGUGACUAGAGUUUAUGGUUUUUAUGAUGAGUGUAAACGUCGUUGUAACAUCAAGACGUGGAAAAUCUUCAUUGACACUUUCAAUACUUUACCUCUAGCAGCGAUUGUGGCAGGUAAAAUCUUUUGUGUUCAUGGUGGCUUAUCACCUGUGCUAAACUCAAUGGAUGAAAUCCGCCACGUAAGCAGACCAACGGAUGUUCCAGACUUUGGAUUAAUCAACGAUUUAUUAUGGUCAGAUCCUACAGAUUCGCCCAAUGAAUGGGAAGAUAACGAAAGAGGUGUGAGUUAUUGUUACAACAAGGUUGCGAUUAACAAAUUUUUGAACAAGUUUGGUUUCGAUUUAGUGUGUCGGGCUCAUAUGGUUGUAGAAGAUGGCUAUGAGUUUUUUAACGAUAGAAGUUUAGUGACUGUAUUUUCUGCACCCAAUUACUGUGGUGAAUUCGAUAAUUGGGGAGCUGUUAUGAGUGUAAGCGAGGGCUUACUUUGUAGUUUUGAGCUUUUAGAUCCAUUGGACAGCACUGCAUUGAAGCAAGUCAUGAAGAAAGGGAGACAGGAAAGAAAAUUGGCUAAUCAGCAGCAACAAUUCCAAGAUUAA